AUGAAACAGUUUUACCGUGGGGAAAAUAAAUCCUCUUCUGGGGGGUCGUCCGGCAGGGCCAAGAACGCACAGAGCCAAGAUGCCACAUCGGGGGUUCCUUUGACGGGGUGGGAGGCAAAAAGACCUGCCCCACCCCAACAACCACGCGGCAUGCCGUAUCGAGAGGCAAAAAACGGGAAAGGCAUCCCCCCCUCUAUAGCCUCCAACAGCGAUAACAAAACGGGCUCAUCGCGCAGCUGCUGGAGUUACGCCUCCCAGCAGUGGAACGCCCCCCAAAAAAAACACGCACACGUUGGCGACAGGCACGAUGAUGCGCUUAUAGCAGAGAGAAGAAAGGCAUACACCUCCAUGAGCACCGCUGCGCACAGGAGCAACUAUGCCUCCCGCGCAGACCCACGAUCCAACACCGAAAGCAGCUCUCCACGCAUGUGCUUGGUGAAACGAUUGAAUGGAAACGUAGAACAAAUUGACAUGAAGGAUAUUCAUACCGCCUUUCCUAACUACAUACCAUAUGAGAGAAAAGACAACAACGCACUCCUCUCGUCAGUGUUCUGCCCCGAGGAAGAUGCAAAGCAAACCCAAGGCAAGGUGGGAGACAUUUCUAACCUCCCUGUUGUCUAUCAAAAUGUGGAGCUUAACUUGGACCUCGUCAAAAAGUGUAGACAGGCCUCCACAAUAACGAACGGAAAAAAAAAAAAAAAAAAAACACACAUAUGCAUAUACAUAUAUGUAUGUGUCAAAAUCAAACUGCCCAUUGGGACCCCCCCCGCUAGUCAAACGGGUAAGCUCACGCGAGUGACUCCAGGGGAGGGAAUUAGGAAAAGCUUUUCACGCAUGGGAGAGCGCAGUAGAGUGGAAGCAGAAGUGGCCGCAGAAGUGGCCGCAGAAGUGGCCGCAGAAAAACGAAACCUCUCCAAAGUGCCAACAUGGAAGAACGCCCCAGCAGGUGAAUCGAAUUUUUCCUCUUCUGGGCGAAGUCCCAUUAGGAGGUUUCAGUCUGCUCAGAGGGAUGCCACGCGCCAAACGAGUUUGCUAAAACCACACGUCAUUCCCAUGCUGCUAAAGCAUUCUACAAAUAUGAUUCUGAGCCAGUUAAAAAAGAUGAAAGGCAAUCAAAGGAUCCACACCAAAGGCACCACUAUGAAGGUAAAGAACACAAAGCAGCAAGAGGCACAAUUUGAGCAAAGAUCAUUUUCAAAAAAGCAAAUGGAUAAGCAACCUACGGCUGAUGGCAAAAUGGACCAAGUGGUUUAUCCCCGCUACAAUUCUUCCUCCGUUAAAGACUGCCACCAAGUGGUGGUAGGCAGCAACUCGGGUGGUAGCUCCCCAGUGGGGGGCAAAAAUGGAGAUUUGACCCUCCAGGGGCUCCUCGCGAAGAAAACCAAAGUGAAGUCCAUCGAAAAGGAAAAGUACAUAGAGAAGGUAAACGCAUACAAAGUGGUAUACCAGAGCCACGACUUCGUGAGCAUCUACCAAAACGGAGGGGACAGAACCAUUAAGGAUCACUGCAUCGAUGUGUCCAGUUUGUUAUGUAUCCCUGGGUAUGUCGGGGGGUACCUAUGUGAGUCAAAUUCAACGGUUAAUCAUUCCCAUGCUAAUGGAAAAGGAAACCCACAGGUGGAGGGGGAGCAGGAAGAGGAUACAAAAAGACGUGGAAGCACAGCCUCUGCCAGAAGUUUCACUACGCACCCACAACCAGAACAGGGACAACUUUGGAUAGACCCCGACGUAGACCUUCUAAAUGAUGAUCCAAUUUUAUAUCAUCUUAGAAAAGCUGUAAACAGCUCCCCCACACUUAACGUCGAUUUGCAGUACCUCGUACUUUUGAACGAACGUUUGAAGAACAGAGAACCGCUGGGCGACUCAUUGUGGGGGUGGAGGUAGCUAGCUAAUUAAAGACAGGCCUUUCAAAAAUUACCAUCACCAUCAUCAUCAUCGCCAUGGUCCAGCCAACAACACAGUCUAACCAACACCACAUGGGUGAUCACUCCAGAGAAUGUUCUCCGGUCAGACGGCUCAAACAGACACACCUCUCCCAUGAGCAUAGCGCUUACUUUACAAAAAGAUGUCG